AUGUAUGGUAGCUUUAAAGGAACAUAUAUGUAUGAUGAAGACGAAUUUAAUAAAGAGUACGAAAAGGCGAAUUUAACAUGCCCGAAGGAGGACUUGUUAUUCUAUGACAAGACCCCGAAGAAAAAUGGCGAUCAAAAACGACCACCAAAUUCAUACAUACUCUUCUCAAGAGAGAUGCAGCGGAGAGCGAAACAAGCUGGGCAGUUUAAGACCCGCAAGGGUGGGGCCACGGAUAUAUCUCCACUAAUCGCAAGAGAAUGGAGACGCAUGAGCAAACAGGAUAGGCGAGUAUACGAGUUGGCGGCUGACAUAAUCAAAAGUCGUUUUUACGACGACUAUCCAGAAUAUACAUUCAAACCGGAAACAUCCACUCACAAGUUUCGUUUGUGCGGGAAAAAAGACCUCUACUCUAAUACACCAAUUAUACCAUCAAGCAUUGAAACAACAUCUCUUCCAGAAUGCGUGUCGCCGCCAGAAAGUUUGGUCUCGACGGGGUCACCAACUGUCAAGGAACAUACGGAGAAUAACCUUGAUAGUUUCUCGGUUUGCGAUACAUUGUUAGACUUCUCGGAUGUUAUUUACAGCGACAAUAACAUCAACUUCGAUGACUGUACCUUGGCCGUUCCGUACAAUGGCGGUAUAGCCAUCUCCACUGGUUAUAUACUGUUGUCUCUGGGUCAAUCCCCAGAUAAUUUUCAUUGCAUGCCAGCAAUUGAAUACACUCUUUGUGAGAAUGAUAUGGCAUCCAUGCCACAGAUUUAUCCCUCGCUGCAUCAGGUAGCGCUGGUCGCUGCCACUCGUCAGCAACGCAAACACUGUCACACACGACAACGCAGACACCACUGCCAAUGCGACGCUGCCACAUACGACGACGACUUACAACCGGAACGGUUUAGAAAUGGCACCUCUCUUUCUUUCUUUUUUGCUGCCAGUAGCAGCUUACUGGUCGGGCACGACGUAGAUGCCGAAUAUAACGGCACUACGGCUGCCACAUGCGGGGCGGCGGGCAUGGCCACAUACAACAGCGCAAUGCUGCGGCCGAAGCCAAAUGGUGCAAAUAAUCCUCCCCCCGC